AUGGUAAAUUGGAAUAAAUUUAUUCCUAAUGGUAAUCAAAAGACUAUAGAUCAUGGACCAUCUGAUGGAUCAAAUACAUCUAUAAAUUCAAAUUCAUCAACUUCACCAUUAAAUAAAACAGGAGAUACAAAAUUCCAUCAAGUUGAAAUUGAUGAAACUCCUGAACAAUAUAUUGAUAUAUCAGUUAAUUUAACACCAGAAGAAUUAGAAAAAAGAAAUAAUUCAUUAUCAUUUAAAAUUAAAAGAUUUCUUUGGGAUGGAACUGGCAAAAAUCCAAUUGAACAAUCAUAUUUAUUAAAACUCGAUUUUUUUCUUUUAUCAUCUUCAUGUUUAGGAUAUACUGCAAAAUAUUUAAAUCAAUCAAAUAUUACAACUUCUUACGUGAAUGGAAUGUCAGAAUAUUAUAACAUGAAUAAAAAUCAAUAUAAUUAUAUGGUAACGAUGUUUACAAUUGGUUAUAUUAUAUUUCAAAUUCCACUAAGCAUUCUCAUGCAUCGAGUAAAUGCAAGAUAUUAUUUUGGAUUUACAAUUAUGAUUGUUAGUUGUUUAACUUUGGCAAUGAUUGGUGUUAAAAAAGAUAACAUUAGCUCCUUGUAUGCUUUAAGAUUUCUUAUUGGAAGUGCUGAAAGUAAUUAUUUUAGUGGUACUGAAUAUAUUUUAGGAUCAAAUUAUGGAACAAACGAAUUGACCAAACGGAGUGCAUAUUUUUCAAUUGCAGCUGGAUUGGCAGGUAUCAUUACUCCACUUUUACAACAAGCUAUUAUUAAAACUUUCAAACAUUCUUCGUUGGAACCUUUUCAAAUUAUGUUCGUUUUUGAUUUCAUGAUUAGUUUUGUCAUUGGUUUAUAUACAUUAAUUGUCCAUCCUGGUAUACCUCAAGUAAAUAAGAAGGAUACAUUUUACUUCACAGAAAGAGACGUGUUAGUUGGCUUGGAAAGACGUAGGUUACUUAAAGCUCAAUUGAACACCAGACAACGCUAUACAUUACCUGCCAUCAAAAAGUUUUUCAAUAGUUGGCAUUUAUUUGUAUUUCCUAUACUAUUUCUUUGUUACAACAAUUCAUGUAACUCCAGCUCACAACCAACUUUCCAAUUGUUUUUGAAGUUGUAUUUGAAGAAACCAUCUAGCGUAUAUAAUACUUGGCCAGCAAUUCUGAGUGCAAUUGGGAUUGGGGUGACAAUUAUAUUUUCCUAUUUAAAUGAUUUUUUGGGAGGUAGAAAGAACUUUCAUUUUCUUAUAGCUGGGUUUAUUAUUUUCAUUAUAGGGUGCAGUUUACUUGCAAAAUGGAAUGUUCCAGUUGGAUUUCACUACUUUUUAUAUGUUUUGAUAGCUAUUCCUCCAGCAUUUAUGCAAAGUCAAAUUUUUUCCUGGAUAAAUAGAAAUCCAUUGUUGGUUCGAGAUGAUUUGAAAAGAAAUUUUGUGAUUGUGGUGACUAACACUCUAGCUUAUGUCACUUCAAUGGUUUCGAUAGCUGUUUGGAACACUAAAUAUCAACCGGAAUAUUUCAUUGGCUUUACAUACACUGCUUGUUUGUCUGCUUUGGGUUUAAUAGUUACCUGUUUGGUUCAUUAUUUAACUAAAAAGGAUGAACAGAAAGCAAAAUUGCAGGAUGCUUCUAAAGAAACAUCUUCAAUUGAAAGUAUCUAG